CCACAACGAUCACAAAAGAGACUAAAUCUGUCCGUAAGGAGUGUGAACUUACUGAUCAAGCAGGAAAUAAUCAGAAAUACUUUUGUCCGGAAUGAACCGUCCAACUGAAGCAGAGAGAGGAAGAACAUGAACAGAAUCAUCAGUUUUAUACUUUAUGGUCUGUUUUUGUGCUCCUCGGUUUUCUCUAAUGAUGAUACACAGGUCUCCUGUCAGGUCAACAAGACGUGUAUCUUACCCUGCAGUUUCACAGCUCAUGAUGACGUUGUCAUUCACUGGAUUCAAGAGACUCCACCAGAGUCCCUGGUUCACUCCUACCAUCACAAACAAGACCAACUGGGAGAGCAGCACCAGAGGUUCAGAGGAAGAACAUCUCUGUUUGAGGACCAGAUCUCCAGAGGAAACGCUUCACUGCUGCUGAGAGGAGUGAAGGUUCAGGACCAGGGCAGAUAUCUGUGUGACGUCAGCACCGUCACUGGAAACAAGGAGAACUUCAUCAACCUGAAUGUGACUGCUCCAGUCCAGAACAUCAACAUUGAAAAGAUACAAAAUAAAAUCACCUGCAGCUCAGAGGGGAUCUAUCCUGAACCUGGACUCACCUGGACCACCGAUCCUCCAUCCAGCGUGAACCUGCAGAACCUGCAGAACCCACCAACAGUCCAGCAGACUGAACAGCAGCUUUACAGCAUCAGCAGCUCUCUGGUACCUUCAGACGGAGAUACUGACCUGGACUACAUCUGCACCGUCAGCACUCCAGCAAACAGCAGGAGAUCCACUUUGCUUCGACCAGCUGUUAUAAGUGGAUCAAACACUCAAAGAAAAAUCUCCUGCUCAACCGCCAAUUAUCCAAUAAAGUAUCUCAUCUGGACGUUUAACCACAAAGAGAUCAUCCUGACACAGAGCGGAGAUAAAGGGCUCUACACACCUUCAGAGAGGUGGGAGCAGCACGUGAUGACUGUGUCAGAGACAGGAAGUCUCACUCUGAAGGAUUUAACUUCAGACCAGACAGGAACAUACAAAUGUGAACUCAGGGAUGAAGAGGAAACAUACGUGAAAUACACCUUUCUUCACAUACCAAAAGACUGGACUGGAGUUAUUGCAGGAGUGGUGGUGGGUGUGCUGCUGCUGCUGGCCUUGGUUUCUGGAGUCGUUGGUUACCUAUACAGGAAAAGGUUGCACAGAUACAGGACAAUGAGGGAUCUGAGGAGGUGGAAAAAAAAAAGAGAUAAAGAGGAGGUUCUGGAGCAGUUGGGCAUGAAGAAGCGUGACUCAACAGAAGGGGAUCGACUGAUCUCAGCUAUGAAGGAGCGCAGAGAAGUUCGAUUAAUUAAUCGUAAACUCUCAAAGACUCACUAUGAAGUUAUUGCGUCCGCUCUGAAGUCUAAACCCUCCCAACUGACAGAAGUGGACCUGAGUAAGAGCCGCCUGCAGGAUUCAGGAGUGAAGAUUCUGACUGGUGGACUGAAGAGUCCAAACUGUAGACUGGAGACUCUCAGAUUGAAGAGUUGCAGGAUGUCAGAGACCAGCUGUUCUUCUCUGGUCUCAGCUCUGAAGUCCAACCCCUCCCAUCUGGAACAUCUGAAACAUCUGGACCUGAGCUGGAACCAGAACCUGCAGGAUUCAGGAGUGGAACAUCUGUGUGGAUUCCUGGAGAGUCCAGACUGCAAACUGGAGACUCUGGGCUUGCAGUGCUGUGGUCUGUCAGAGAUCAGCUGUUCUUCUCUGGUCUCAGCUCUGAAGUCCAACCGCUCCCACCUGAGAGAGCUGGACCUGAGAUUCAACUACAAACUGCAGGAUUCAGGAGUGAAGCAGCUUUCUGAUCUGGUGGAGAAUCCAGACUACAACCUGCAGACUCUCAGGUCGGAGCGCUGCAGUUUGUCAGAGAUCAGAUAUCGUCCUCUGGUCUCAGCUCUGGAGUCCGACCUGUCUGAUCUGGAACUUCUGGACCUGAGUGAGAACGAGCUGCAGGAUUCAGAUGUGAAGCAGCUGUGUGUUGUUCUGCAGAGUCCAGACUGCAGACUGGAGACUCUGAGUUCGGAGUGCUGCAGUUUGUCAGAGAUCAGAUGUCGUCCUCUGGUCUCAGCUCUGGAGUCCGACCUGUCUGAUCUGGAACUUCUGGACCUGAGUGAGAACGAGCUGCAGGAUUCAGAUGUGAAGCAGCUGUGUGUUGUUCUGCAGAGUCCAGACUGCAGACUGGAGACUCUGAGUUCGGAGUGCUGCAGUUUGUCAGAGAUCAGAUGUCGUCCUCUGGUCUCAGCUCUGGAGUCCGACCUGUCUGAUCUGGAACUUCUGGACCUGAGUGAGAACGAGCUGCAGGAUUCAGAUGUGAAGCAGCUGUGUGUUGUUCUGCAGAGUCCAGACUGCAGACUGGAGACUCUGAGUUCGGAGCGCUGCAGUUUGUCAGAGAUCAGAUGUCGUCCUCUGGUCUCAGCUCUGGAGUCCGACCCGUCUGAUCUGGAACUUCUGGACCUGAGUGAGAACGAGCUGCAGGAUUCAGAUGUGAAGCAGCUGUGUGUUGUUCUGCAGAGUCCAGACUGCAGACUGGAGACUCUGAGGUUGAACAGCUGCAGUCUGUCAGAGAUCAGCUGUUUUUCUCUGGUCUCAGCUCUGAAGUCCAACCCCUCCCAUCUGAAACAUCUGGACCUGAGUGGGAACGACCUGCAGGAUUCAGGAGUGAAACAUCUGUGUGGAUUUCUGGAGAGUCCAGACUGCAGACUGGAGACUCUGAGAUUGAACUGCUGCAGUCUGUCAGAGAUCAGCUGUUUUUAUCUGGUCUCAGCUCUGAAGUCCAACCCCUCCCAUCUGAAACAUCUGAACCUGAGUUACAACCACCUGCAUGAUUCAGGAGUGAAACAUCUGUGUGGAUUUCUGGAGAGUCCAGACUGCAGACUGGAGACUCUGAGAUUGAAGCGCUGCAGUCUGUCAGAGAUCAGCUGUUCUUCUCUGGGCUCAGCUCUGAAGUCCAACCCCUCCCAUCUGAAACAUCUGGACCUGAGCAGGAACAACAACCUGCAGGAUUCAGGAGUGAAACAUCUGUGUGGAUUUCUGGAGAGUCCAGACUGCAGACUGGAGACUCUGAGGUUGGAGAACUGCAGGUUGUCAGAGAUCAGCUGUUCUUCUCUGGUCUCAGCUCUGAAGUCCAACCCCUCCCAUCUGAAAGUUCUGGACCUGAGCGGGAACGACCUGCAGGAUUCAGGAGUGGAACAUCUGUGUGGAUUUCUGGAGAGUCCAGACUGCAGACUGGAGACUCUGAGGUUGGAGAACUGCAGGAUGUCAGAGAUCAGCAGUUCUUCUCUGGUCUCAGCUCUGAAGUCCAACCCCUCCCAUCUGAAACAUCUGAACCUGAGUGGGAACCAGAACCUGCAGAAUUCAGGAGUGAAACAUCUGUGUGGAUUUCUGGAGAGUCCAGACUGCAGACUGGAGACUCUGAGGUUGAAGAGCUGCAGGUUGUCAGAGAUCAGCUGUUCUUCUCUGGUCUCAGCUCUGAAGUCCAACCCCUCCCAUCUGAAACAUCUGAAACAUCUGGACCUGAGUGGGAACGACCUGCAGGAUUCAGGAGUGAAACAUCUGUGUGGAUUUCUGGAGAGUCCAGACUGCAGACUGGAGACUCUGAGGUUGGAGAACUGCAGGAUGUCAGAGAUCAGCUGUUCUUCUCUGGUCUCAGCUCUGAAGUCCAACCCCUCCCAUCUGAAACAUCUGAACCUGAGUUACAACAAGCUGCAGGAUUCAGGAGUGAAACAUCUGUGUGGAUUUCUGGAGAGUCCAGACUGCAGACUGGAGACUCUGAGGUUGGAGAACUGCAGGAUGUCAGAGAUCAGCAGUUCUUCUCUGGUCUCAGCUCUGAAGUCCAACCUCUCCCAUCUGAAACAUCUGAACCUGAGUGGGAACCAGAACCUGCAGAAUUCAGGAGUGAAACAUCUGUGUGGAUUUCUGGAGAGUCCAGACUGCAGACUGGAGACUCUGAGGUUGAAGAGCUGCAGUCUGUCAGAGAUCAGCUGUUCUUCUCUGGUCUCAGCUCUGAAGUCCAACCCCUCCCAUCUGAAACAUCUGGACCUGAGCAGGAACAACCUGCAGGAUUCAGGAGUGGAACAUCUGUGUGGAUUUCUGGAGAGUCCAGACUGCAGACUGGAGACUCUGAGGUUGGAGAACUGCAGGAUGUCAGAGAUCAGCUGUUCUUCUGUGGUCUCAGCUCUGAAGUCCAACCCCUCCCAUCUGAAACUUCUGGACCUGAGUUACAACAAGCUGCAGGAUUCAGGAGUGAAACAUCUGUGUGGUUUCCUGGAGAGUCCAGACUGCAGACUGGAGACUCUGAGACAGGAACCAAUGAAGAACCAGAGAUGUGUCUGAACCUGGAAUGAAACAUCUUCAGAAACAUGAGUUAACUUAACAGCUAAUACGUUCAAAAAUGUCAUCCAGAUGUUAAUAAACUUAGAGAGUCUGACAGACAAUAGUGGACAGACUGAAUGUGUAGUCGUGCAAUAUUUGAGUUACAGAGCUCAUUUACUAAAUAACUUCUUACUGUGGAUGAAAUCAGUCAAACCAACGUUGGCUUCCUUUGACUACCAUUACAUUUAAUUUCAACAAAUACACGUUUAGCAAAUGUAAAACUCUAAACAUGGACAAACUGGAAAUUUCCCCUCUGGGGGACUAUUAAAGGAUUUCUUAUCUUAAACAUAUUUUACUGUGUUUUUAAUAUUAUUCCUUAAUAUUUCUGUUAAGAUCAUUUCAUCCAGGUGACAUCAAGACAUAAGGUGCAACAAAUAAGGGCCGGGUUUCCCAGAUCCGACCUCUCUUAAGGACUUAAGAGAGGUUCAAAGAAGGUUUCACUUAAGAGAGAACCCUAAGAUACGGGUGUUUCCCAGAUGACUUCUUAACACCGUUCUUUAGUUUCGCUCUUUCAGAAGCUCUUUGGAGCAGCUGUCCGGUUCUGAAACCAAAUCAAUCGAUGCCAGGCAAAUCGAUCACCGAUCACUAUCAGCGCAUUUUCACAUGCAGCACUGCUACCUAACGCACUAAUUCACU